AUGAGAUCAUUUGUCUUCUUUCUAUUCAUCGUUUUGAAAUUCUUGUCCACAAUUAUAUGCCCAUUGUUACUGCGAUACUCAUUGGACUCAAUACCAAGAAGAUGUCCAGGGGAAAUUGAAGUUCAACUUUAUCAACCAUUUAAUCUUAAACCUGAUGCAACUGUGUCAUCAAGUUUAGAAUCUAUCAGUUUGAUAUCAACUGAACAAGCUCCUCCAAUUCCUGAUAUCAAUAACUUUAAGAGGCUUAUCCGUGUGAAUAAGCAGAUCCCAACAUGGUGGUUUCUAAGCAUGGGCUUGAAUGAAUUGGCAUCAAACUUGAGAAUCUCAUUCCCAUCUCUUCAAGAAAAACUUAGCUCUAAUGCAUUCAUGAAAGGUACUCAGGUUGAAAGCACAAUCAACAUUGCAGUUUAUACACUUGAGAAUUACCACUUGAAAUCAAAAGAAAGGAUAUGGGUACUUGCUGUGUUGACACAUCUUCAAGAGUAUCUACCUAAGGGUGAUUUGAAGCCAAUAGAAACAGAUAUGCACCAGGGACCCAUAAGGAAUGCUGCACUCCAGCUUCAUCUGACAAAGGGAUUAAAUCUUAUAGGAGCUAGUCAGCAAUUAUGGAAAUUAGAAAAAGGCCCCAAAAUUUGGGAGAUUGAUUUGUCCCUGUCAGAGGCACUCUCAAAGUUCAAAAUCAUAAAAUGGAUCACAUACCAAUUCAAGGCAGAUGAAACCUCAAAAUCAUCCAAAUUCAUGGUUGAAACUCAUGAUCUUCUACUUCAGGAAAGCUGUCCAUUGCAGGAAGGAACAUUGAGAAAUCUUUUGUCAAUGUGUUCACAACAUUUAGAAGAACAAGAUACAAGCCCAUGGAACAAAGAACUUGCUUACAUGAUACUUAAUAAAUAUGGAAAAAUCUAUCCAACAGUCAGAGAUUUUGUAAGAUUUAAGAAAUCACAAAAUGAUUGCUUCAAGAAGGCAUAUGAAUCCAAAGAACUCCCAAAUAUCAUACAUUGCUUCCUGAAAAGGACAGAUCUUGGGCCUUUCAAGAACCCGCUGGAAGUUUUCCUCAUGGAAAAGAGCAUGAACAUGGAUAGUAUCAAACAUUUAAUUGAGUCUAUAUUCAGGACCAAACACCAGUAUCAAAGAUGGGAAACUAAAGAAUCUGAACAACUGGCUAAUCAGGAAGAUUCAGUGAUCGGCCUACUACAACACAUUUCCACCCUCAUUGAUGGUGCCAAGUCAUACCUUGAAGGUCUAGUGGAUUAUAGAAGUGACUCUCACAUCUAUACAUUCAAGAUGCCUGAACUUAUCCCAAUUGGCCAACCAUGUGUCAUCUGUCAGCAAGACAUGCACAAAGAGGAUGAUCUUGUCAAGCUUCAUUCUGAAGUUGAUCAUAAAGUUCACACAGAUUGUUGGCAUGUGAGUUAA